CGAAAGUUAUUCAUACAAUUAAGCAUCAAUAUAAUUGUUAAAAUCAAACGAGAUAUAAGUUCAGCCGCUCACAUAAAAAAAAAAUCUGACUCUUUUAAUUGUGAAAGUGGUGCGUUCAGUAUAUUCUUCGGCGGUAAACAAGAGAUUUUGCAAAUAACAUUGCAGUCACACUGAUCAACAACCGAUGAAUAAGAAGAAGCGAUUUUUUCGCAACGCGCAACAAAAUCGGUAUUAAAUUUAAGUAAAAAGUUGAUAAACAUUUGUGUAAAUCGGCGCUACAAAAACAAUCAGUGCGAAUGUGCAACAAAAUGUGAUGUUUGUCGAUUGCAGCCACGGGACGGCUACGCGGCCAAAAUUCUUAAUGAAAAUCUGAUGACCCAUGAGCAAAGAGAAAGAGAGAAAAGGGAGAGCGAGAAGAGAACAAACAGCCAGCAAGCAAGCAGGCAGCGCGUCACUGAAAAAAGUUCACAAAAUCAGCCAGCAGUAGAAACAGCAGCAGCAGACGAGACUUUGAAGACGUUGGAAUUUGUGUUGAACCCGCGGCAGUCGACGGCGCUGCGACUGCGACGGCGACGUCCACCUCCAGCAGUCAUCAAUAACGGUAGAGCAAGAGAGCGAGAGAGAUAAAGAGCACAGUGAUAUAGCAACAACAAAUGACAUUUAAUUUGCCAAAGUGAAACUGUGCGCAACAACAACAACAAAUACAAAUAAAUAAGUGGGUGAGAAGAGGGGCAAGCAAGCAAAACUGUGAUCUCUCGUGUCUGUCUGGCAAUUGUUCAAUUGGCUGUGCUCAAAACGACAUAGAAUUUAUUAAAUUCGCGUAUUUGUGUGCGUUGCAAAUUGUUUGUUAAACUUACCAACUGGAAAAUCAAUUCUUAAUAUCGGCCAAGAGGCCAACAAGCAGCAGCAGUUGUGUUGUUGCUCUGCUCCGCUCUGCUCUGGCGUCAGACCCAACCCAAAACAAUAAAUUGAGCGUAAAGAAAAAUAAGCAAGAGAGGGAGCCGACGAAGAAGAAGAAGCAGCAGCAGCCGGAUUUGCAAAUAAACUGCAACUAUACAACACAAACAACAAGAAGAACACUAUCCAUUCGUGUGUGAAGCAAACAGAGACACUCAUACAGCAUGGCGUAUCGCAAGCCAAGCGAUUUGGAUGGCUUCAUUCAACAGAUGCCCAAGGCGGAUAUGCGCGUCAAGGUGCAAUUGGCUGAGGAUCUGGUGACAUUCCUAAGUGACGAUACCAAUUCAAUUGUGUGCACUGACAUGGGCUUCCUCAUUGAUAACCUGAUGCCUUGGCUGACAGGCAGCCACUUUAAAAUCGCACAAAAGUCUCUCGAGGCCUUCUCGGAGCUGAUCAAGCGACUGGGCAGCGAUUUCAAUGCCUACACAGCGACAGUGUUGCCCCAUGUCAUUGAUCGCUUGGGCGAUAGUCGCGACACAGUGCGCGAGAAGGCCCAGCUACUGUUGCGUGAUCUAAUGGAGCACAAAGUGCAAACACCACAGACGUUAAUCGACAAACUGGCUGCGAGUUGCUUUAAGCACAAGAAUGCCAAGGUACGCGAAGAGUUUCUCCAGACAAUUGUGAAUGCUCUGCACGAAUAUGGCACCCAGCAGUUGAGUGUCCGAGUCUACAUAGCACCAGUGUGCGCGUUGCUCGGAGAUCCCACGGUGAACGUUCGCGAAUCCGCCAUACAGACGCUGGUGGAGAUCUACAAACAUGUGGGCGAUCGUCUGAGGCCUGAUCUGAGGCGUAUGGAUGAUAUGCCCGCUUCCAAGCUAGCGCUGCUCGAGCAGAAGUUCGAUCAGGUGAAAGUCGAAGGCUUAUUGCUGCCUUCGGCGUUGCGCAGCUCCAAUGGCAACGGCAUGGAUGAGGCGGACAACAUUGGGGUGCGUGAGCGUCCCACAAAGAUUGUGAAGCGUCCGCUGCACUCGGCGCUGAUGCGACCGAAGCCAAGUCAAAACGAGGUCGCUGCUGGCGAUGCGGGCGCCGUGACCAUGGAGAUCUUUGAAGCCAGCUUCGAGCAGGUGCCACAAUUGAACAUAUUCAAUUCCAAGGACAUGGACGACAACUACAAGCAAAUUCUGUUGGUCAUCAGCGACAAGACAAUGGACUGGGAGAAGCGUGUGGAUGCCCUGAAGAAGAUACGUGCACUGCUGAUGCUCAAUUAUCAUGCGCAGCCGCAAUUUCAGGCUGUGCAGCAAAAGGAGCUAUCAAUCAGUUUCCUCGACAUACUGAAGGAGGAGUUGCGCUCCCAGGUGAUACGCGAGGCGUGCAUCACCAUCGCGUACAUGUCGAAGACGCUGCGCAAUAAACUGGACAUCUUCUGCUGGAGCAUACUGGAGCAAUUGAUACAGCUGAUACAGAACUCGGCCAAGGUGAUUGCAUCCGCCUCGACGCUGGCCCUCAAGUAUAUUAUCAAAUAUACGCAUGCGCCCAAGCUGCUAAAGAUCUACACGGACACGCUGCAGCAGUCCAAGUCGAAGGACAUACGCGCCUCGCUCUGUGAACUGAUGGUGCUGCUCUUCGAGGAGUGGCAAACAAAGGCACUCGAACGCCAUGCUCUGGUAUUGCGCGAUACGCUCAAGAAGUCCAUUGGCGAUGCCGACAGCGAUGCGCGACGUUAUUCGCGCCUGGCGUAUUGGGCAUUCCGACGCCACUUUCCCGACCUGGCCGAUCAAAUCUACGGCACCCUCGACAUUAAUGCGCAGCGUGCGCUCGAGCGAGAGCGCGAUGGUGGCACCGCCAAUGGCAGUCAGCAAUCGCUGGAGACGCGACGCACGGUGGCGCCGACGCGCAUUGGACGCACACCUGGCACACUGCAGAAGCCCUCGGCAAGCAUGCGCUCCAUCUCGGCAGUGGACACGGCGGCAGCGCAACGCGCCAAGGCGCGUGCUCAAUACACGCUCUAUUCACGUCAGAAGAAACCGUUGGUGCCCAGCAACUCUGUGAAUACGGCGACGGGUGCGGCAGGCGGUGGAGCAGGAGGAGUUGGCAGCGGUUCGUUGCCACGGCCACGUCUCAAUUCCAACAGCAACAGCGGCUCACAUCACACAGUCUCGCCGGGCACCGUGACGCCAACGCCACGUGUGGGACGUUCGCGCGCUGGAGUCUCGCAAUCGCAGCCCGGUUCACGUUCCACCUCGCCCAGCACUAAGCUGAGAGAUCACUACGGCAUGGGCAGCUAUUAUCGCGGUGGCGCCACCGGUGCCAUACCCAAGAAGGCCUCCGGCAUACCGCGCAGCACGGCCAGCUCCCGGGAGACGAGUCCCAAUCGCUCAGGUGCCGGCGGCGGUCUGAUGAAGCGCAGCAUGUACUCGACGGGAUCGGGCGCGAGACGCACACCGGAGCGCAACAAUCCCUUGCGUCCCACAGCUGCUGCUCGCCUACUGGCGCAAUCCCGUGAAGCGGAACUGACGCUGGGCAACAACAUAGAGACUCCUGACUAUGUUUCGGGUGAUUUUUUGCGUACCGGAGGCAUGCGCAUAGGCCGCAAGCUCCUGGGUCGCGAUGAGUCCGACGACAUUGAUUCGGAGGCAAGUUCGGUGUGCUCGGAACGUUCGUUCGACUCGAGCUAUACGCGCGGCAACAAUUCCAAUUCGAAUUACUCGCUGAGCGGCUCACGGAAUCGCCUCGAUUGGAGCAGUCAGCGGGCACCGUUCGAGGACAUUGAGACAAUUAUUCAGUAUUGCGCCUCGACGCAUUGGUCGGAGCGCAAAGAUGGGCUGAUCAGUCUGACGCAGUAUCUGGCCGAUGGCAAGGAGUUGACGCCACAGCAGCUGCAGUGUGUCCUGGACAUGUUUCGCAAAAUGUUUAUGGAUAACCACACUAAAGUCUACUCUCUGUUUCUAGAUACAGUCACCGAACUGAUUCUGGUGCAUGCCCCCGAGCUGCACGAUUGGUUGUUCAUAUUGUUGACCAGGUUGUUCAACAAACUGGGCACCGAUCUGCUCAAUUCGAUGCACAGCAAGAUCUGGAAGACGCUGGUGGUGGUACACGAGUAUUUUCCGACACAGCUGCAACUCAAGGAGCUGUUUCGCAUCAUUUCGGACAACACACAGACGCCCACAACCAAAACACGCAUCGCCAUCGUACGCUUCCUCACCGAUCUGGCCAACACGUACUGCAAGAGCAGCGAUUUCCCCAGCGAUCAGAAUCAAAACUGUGAACGCACCGUGCUGAAGCUGGCCCAGAUGUCGGGUGAUCAGAAAUCUAUGGAGUUGCGCUCACAUGCGCGCGCCUGCUUGGUGGCUCUCUACAAUCUGAAUACGCCACAGAUGACCAAGUUCUUGGCCGCGUUGCCCAAGGGAUAUCAGGAUACGGCGCGGCUCUGCAUACAGUCAACCAUGCGGCGACAGAGCAGCGGGGCGAACUCGCCGAGCAGCUCGCCGUUGAGCAGCAGCAGCCCGAAGCCGUUGCAGAGUCCCAGCGUCGGACCGUUUGCGUCGCUCAACAUGGAUCUGAAGUCUAGUCCACGAUCGCGUCAGUCGUCGGUGGAGCAGGAGUUGAUACUUGGCUGCUCCGACCUGGACGUGAAGCACAACAUACAAAAGACAUCCGAGGAGAUACGCAACUGUUUCUCCGGUGGCCAAUAUCAUUCGCUGGCGCCCAAUGGCUACAACGGUCAUCACUUGCAAUACUCGAUUGAGCAGCAGCUGAAGCGUGAACAUCUGGAGCUGACAGCGCAGCAGGACUCGCUGUCAUCCAACUCGAAAACGCAAUCGUCGGCCAACACCACGCAAUCGAAUACCCCGGAAUCGGCCACCAUGCGUCUGGAUGUCGCAGCGCCAUCGCAACCUGCCGUCAAGAUAUCCAUCGAUGUGGCGGAGAACGGUGAACUGAUAUUGCCCUGCAAUCUGCACGAGAGCGAGGUGAUUCGUGUGGCGCUGACGCUCAACAAAGAGAUGCCCGUGGAGCAGCUGCAGACGUCGCUCACGAAUCUGGGCAUCUGCAUACGCAGCGGCAACUGUGAGCUGCCCAACAAGCACUUCAAGUCGAUCAUGCGGAUGCUGCUCAACAUGCUGGAGGCGGAGCAUACGGAUGUGCUAAUCGCUGGACUGCACGUGCUGAGCAAGAUUGUGCGCAGCGAGAAGAUGCGUCACAAUUGGCUCAACUUCCUCGAGCUCAUACUGCUGAAGAUCAUCAAUUGCUAUCAGCACAGCAAGGAGGCGAUACGUGAGAUCGACACAAUGAUACAGCGCAUAGCGCCAGCUCUGCCCCUCGAUUUGACGAUCAACAUUGUGAAUCCGGUGAUAGCAACGGGCACGUUUCCCGAGAAUAUGUGCGCCAUCAAGAUACUGCUCGAGGUCACCGAGCAUCAUGGCUCCGAGAUCACGGAUGCCCAUCUGGAUAUGGUGUUCCAGAAUCUGGCACGCUCCGCGGAUGAUUCGCAAUCGAUGGUCCGCAAGGCGGCCGUCUUUUGCAUUGUCAAGCUGUACAUUGUGCUCGGCGAGGAUAAGCUGAAGCCGAAGCUGGCGCUGAUGAAUCCCAGCAAGGUGCGACUGCUGAACGUGUACAUUGAUAAGCAGCGCAAUCCGAGCACUUCGGGUGGGGGAUCCACAAAGAACUCGUCGGCUGCCUCCUCCUCAUGAUUGAGAGUAACCACCACCACAGGCACAUCCGCACACACAUACAAACAAAGGUCACCCACGCGCUCACACACACAGACACACAAAGACACGGACGUGGCGCCGUCUUUUAACUUAUGCAAAAAGUGAGAAAAAAAUAUAACAAAAAAAGCGAAAUAAAAAAAAAACCAAUUGAUGAUAUAUAACGAUAAA